AUGACGGAUGCUCCCGCGAACCCGGUCCCCUUCUCCGAGCCGCCCUAUCUGUGCGGUCUGCCCUCCCCGUACUACACGCAAUCGCAUCGCCAGUUCCAAAAGGCCUGCCGCCAGUUUCUGUGGGACAACCUGCUCAGCAACGCUGCCGAGUGGGAAAAGGAAGGGACCGUCCCUCAGCAUGUGUUUGAUACGUUUUGCAAGAGCGGCAUGCUGCUGCCCAACAUGCCCGCGCCGUUGCCCGUGGAACGGCUCACGAAUCUCGGGAUCCGCGACAUCCUUGGUGUCAAGGUCGAGGAGUGGGACUAUUUGCAUACCGGGAUAUAUUGCGAUGAGCUGGCGCGCUCCGGCUUGGCUGGUCCAGGCGCUUCGCUGACUGCUGGCUUCGCCUUUGGAAUCCCUCCCAUUGUCAAGUGGGGAAGCAAGGAGCUCAAGGAGCGCUUCCUUCCCGAUUUUCUGACUGGCAGAAAACGCACGUGCAUUGCCAUCACGGAGCCCGAUGCCGGCAGCGACGUGGCCAACAUUACCACCACUGCCGAGAAGAGCGCCGAUGGAAAACACUACAUCAUUAACGGAGCUAAGAAAUGGAUCACGAACGGCAUCUGGUCCGACUACACCACCAUGGCGGUCCGCACGGGCGGACCAGGAGGGAAAGGACUCUCCGUCAUCGUCGUUCCGCUCAAGGGACACCCUGGCGUCUCCAUGCGUCGCCUCCCUGUCAGCGGCCAAAAGGCCGGUGGCACCACUUAUAUUGAGCUCGACAACGUCAAAGUGCCCGUCGAAAACCUCGUCGGCAGAGAGGGCGACGGCCUGCGCAUCAUCCUCACCAACUUCAACCACGAGCGCCUCAUCAUCGCCGUGGGCGUCACGCGCCAGGCUAGGACGGCCUUGGCCGCCGCGUUCGAGUACUGCCUUAAGCGCGACGCCUUUGGCAAGAAGCUCAUGGAUCAACCCGUCGUAAGACAUCGGCUGGCCAAGGCGGGUGCCGAGCUGGAGACGAUGAACGCCUGGACGGAGCAGCUUCUGUAUCAGCUUUGCCACCUCGAGGCGCGGGAAGCGGACCUGAAACUCGGCGGCAUUACCGCGCUAGCCAAGGCCAAGUCUGCCAUGGUUUUGAAUGAAUGCGCUCAGUGUGCCGUUUUGCUGUUUGGGGGCAACGGGUUUACGGCCUCGGGACAGGGCGCACUAGUUGAAGCCAUUUAUCGAGAUGUCCCCGGCGCUCGAAUCCCAGGCGGAUCGGAGGAUGUUCUGCUGGACUUGGCCGUGCGCCAACUUGUCAAAAUUUAUCAGUUUGGAGGUGCGGCGGCGCUCAAAGGCUCAAAAAUAUAG